GAAAAUAGCAUUGAAUCUUAUGAGGUUAACGCGGGUUGCGUAGUGCCCCUGAAACACUGGAGUGGCCUCUUAAGUGUGUCGGAGCACACGGCCGAUGGUUCAGCGUGAAACGUCUACGGCAGAGAGUCGCUCGUAGCGUGUUGGACCGAAGGGUGAAGGGAAAGCGACACCAUGACUGCGGCAGAGCGCCGCGCCUACUUGAUGUUCCAGAAACCCGUCUCGCUGGCUCGUCGCCUGACGUAGAGGCACCUGUGCGUGGCCCACAGCCUCCUCUAUAAGCAUAUGCGUGAUCCGUGUGUUCAGCCGGCUCUUGCGCGGCCUGAGGCCGGAAAACUGCAUUUUAAAAGUUUUUACAAAGAAAAUCUGCCUGAAGGACACUAAGGGCCGGUUUCACCAACAGAGAUAAACUUAAUGGAAAAUCGAGAUAUUUUUAUCGAGAUAAAAUGUUAAACUUGAAUUUUAAUCGCGAUGAUCUUGUGUCCGUUUCACCACGACUUAUCCUCUUCCCAGAUAAUCGAGAUAAUAAUAUCUCGAUAUUCAUUAUAAAAUCCCGAUUUUCUUUUUGAAAUCUCGAUGUUCGGAAGAAAAGUAAACAAAUAUCGCGAGUAGGUUUGUUGUUAUUCAAGUCGUGUAGCGAUAAUAAAGAUAAUGGAAGCUAAAGAAAACACUUGUUCCGCCAAAAAACCACGAAAUAAGAAUUUAUCACCAGAAGAAAAAAUGGUUUUGUUAGAUUUGGUGACAGAACAUUUUAACAUAAUUGAAAAUAAGCGCACGGAUGCAGUAACACAACAGAACAAAUUGAAACAGUGGCAAAUUAUUGCAAGUAGUUUCAACUGUGUGUCAGGAGUUCAUCACAGAUCUGCAGAUAACCUGAAAUCUGUUUGGGAAAAUCUGAAGAAGACGACACGGAAACAGUAUGCAGACGAAAAAGUUCAGAUGGUAACUGGGACAGGUGGAGGACCCCCCACAAAGUGUACAAAUGACCCUAUUUUGGGCCGCGUAUAUACUUUAAUAAAACCUGUAGUUAAAGGACACAAUAAUAUCUUUGACUCAGACUCAGAUGCAGUAAUGGUCAAUACAUUACAAUGCAUAAGUGAAUCAAACAACACAGAAGAAAAUGCAGUCGUAGAGCUGGAAAUAGGUUCGAUGGUGGACAUUGCUACCCUGGAGACUCAAACUAGUGUAAAGUAGCAGACAUUACAAAGCAGUUUAAAAUGUUAAUAACAUUAAUGUAACAAAGAAACUUAACAGUACGAUGAAUGUUUACAUUUUUCACAUAACAGUGUCUUCUUUUUUUUUUCAGCAGACACUUCUUAAUGGAGACUGGUCCCACUACACUCCCUCAAUGCUCAGAGGCCCCAUAUGUCCUGCUCUUGUACCACAAAAUAAUGCCAGUUCAACAUCAUCAGUUUCACCAGUGAUAUUCCCUUGUGUCAAAGAAACGGUUAUGGUAAGCACUGAGCAAGGCAACUGUGAAAGUACUUCAAGAGACCAUAUUCCCGAUAAUAGUAACAAUGUUGCAAAAUCAGUCCUUGAGUGUCAGUUGCCAAACAUCGCGGGGAAGUCUUCCUGGACUCAGAGACGGCGGCCAAAAUUGCAGUCCAGCAAGAACAAUGAAAUAAGUGCCCUCCAUAAAGCUAAAAUUGAACUAAUUGAAUUAUGUAAUAAAUAUGCAACAGAAGAAAAUGAAGCUAUGAAAGAACUGCGUCAAGUGAGAUUGCAACAAGAACAAGAAAGGCUGAAUCAUGAAAAGCUACAGACUGAAUUUAUGACUCUACAGAUUAAAAAACUAAAGAAAGAAUUGGAUGGUUUAUAAUUUUAUGUUUUAUGUAAUUUGUAUACAAUUGUUCUUUGUAACUCUAUUUACAAUGAGCAUUUCAAAGCGUCUGAUUUCGUAUAUUUGUAAUGAAACCUAGUUGUAUUGAAAAUCAUUAUCUAUAUAUAUUUUGUUAUUGUGGCAUUACUAAUUAUUUGACUAAUAACAAUUAUACAUAAAACCA